UAGUGGGCGACCAAUAGAGCUAGAGCGGAUAUAUUUUUCUUUUGAAUUCGGCAGGCCAUCAUUUGAUCUCGAUCAGUCGAAGACGACGUCAGAAGUUGCAUUGAAGCAGCACUUCAAGAGUUAUCUGCAGAUGGUGCAACGGCUGGACCUGUACCCAACACAAGACUGGCGCGUAUGCUUACACGUUUGAAAAACACGCACACGCAACAUUUUCUGUUUUUGAGAGAGAUGUUAUAUU